UGGACGAUUGGUAAUUCACUAGCAUGAGAUGGCCAUGUUCGUAGAAACCAACCACAUGAUUCAUUCAUGACGCCCACCUUAAUUAAGUUGCCGAUAUCACCAACGACUGGGUGUUCAAGCCUAGUAACACGUGACUUGUUUGGAAAUUCCACAAUAUUAAACGUUAAACCAUCAUACUUUGCAUUAUCUAGGCUUCUUUUUGUUUGAUUUUGCACCGCAAUGCAUUCGCCCGAUCAUCAGAGGGUCUUGAGUGGUAUAUCUAGCACGAACGCCAUCGUUAUACACCAUCAACAUUCCCCACUGGCUCACAUACCCAUCCCUCGAAUAUGCCUGUGGUCGUAAAUGAUCCCAUCUAUUGGCCAUUAAUCGAUUCAAAUAUUUUUUUGAGCUAUUGGAUAGUUGCCGCUGCUGCUGUCGUAGUAUAUGAUUGGGUAUUAACGGUUGGCCAAGAGAUUGAACUGAUCUGGAGGCAACAUUGGUCUCUCAUGACUGUGCUGUAUUUAGUUAUACGAUAUAUUGGAAUGCCGUUUUCUGUUAUUAAUUUUCUGCGAAUCAUGCCAUUGGUCUCUCUGACAGAUGCAGUAAGCAAUAUAAUAUACAAUAUACUGAAUUGGACGAGUGUGGCCGUAGCUGCCAUGCUGGGUGUCAUCAUCAUUGCUCGGUUGCAUGCCAUGUAUCAAAAAUCUAGAAGCAUGCUUAUCUUCCUUGUUACUAUUUUCUUGGCUGUCAACAUUGCCUGCGGAGUAAUCACGGCAAUUGGACUCGAGCAUAGCCCAGCGGAGGAGUUGAUACUAUCUGGUACACAUAUGUGCGAUGCUUUUGGGACCCAGCAGCUUCUCGUUUCAAUGGUUUGGAUGCUCAACAGUGUUUGGGAGUUCCUUGCACUGUGUCUUGCAGUCUGGAUUGCUGUGAAACAAUUCCGUGACCUGCGACGACUCAACUCAUCGACAGAAUCGAUCAUUGGGGACUGUUUCAGAGUGCUGAUACAAUCUCACGUGCUUUAUUUUGCGAGCUUCGUUGGUGUCUCCUGCCUCCAGCUUAUCAGUGAUCUCUCUCCAGCAAUAUUGAAUUCAGAUUCUAUCGGAGUUCGGGUACUCGUUGGGAUUCUUCAAAUUAUAUCGGUCAUACAGAUGUUUGUGCUGGGACCACGCCUCAUCCUUAGCGUUCGACAAUUUAACGCCAAACUCGUGGUUGACUCCGAUGCAGACACUAGCAUGAAUUCAAUUGUCUUCCAGGAGCGUGUACAUGUAUCAACUAGCAGUACCAUAUAGGAACAUACUUGCUGCAGGGAGAAGACGUUUUGUGGAGGAUCCGUCGUGGUAUUUAUUUAACGUAUGGUGUUUCGAAGUAUGUCUAUAUAUUUCUUGUUGUAUCACUACUACAACCAAGUAACUACUCACCCAUGCUUACACC